GUCUGAACCGUCAGCGUCUCCCGGAGAGAACAUGGCCUCCAGCUCAGGGGAAGACCUCUCGUGUCCCGUUUGCCAGGACAUUUUCAAAGACCCGGUCCUCCUGUCGUGCAGCCACAGCUUCUGCCGGGCCUGCAUCCAGUCGUGGUGGACGGAGAAGAAAACACGACCGUGUCCAUGCUGCCAGAGGAAGUCAUCGAAGAGCAACCCUUCUCGCAACCUGGCGCUGAAGAACCUGUGCGAGGCCUUUCUGCAGGACGAGGAGCGGCGGGCGGCGGCAGGGCCCAAGCACAUGUGCAGCCUGCACGGUGAGAAGCUCAAGAUCUUCUGUCUGGACCACCAGGAGCCGGUCUGCGUUGUCUGCCGGGACUCCAGGAAUCACAGCAACCACCGGUUCAGACCCAUCGACGAGGCGGUCCAGGAUCUCCGUCAGGAGCUGCAGAGAGACCUGAAACCCCUCCGGAGGAAGCUGACGCUCUUCCAGGACGUGAUGGGGGACUGCAUCUCCACGGCAGAAUACCUCCAAGUCCAGGCCCGGGUCACUGAGCAGGAGAUCCGGCAGGAGUUUCAGAUUGUUCACCGGUUCCUGUAUCAGGAAGAGCAGGUGAGGGUGGAGGCACUGAGGAAGGAGGAGGAGCAGAAGAGUCGGGCGAUGAAGGAGAAGGUGGAGGCUCUGACCCGGGACAUGGACGCUCUUUCAGACACGAUCAGAGCGACGGAGACGGAGCUGAGAGCCGGAGACGUCUUGCUGCUGCUCAACUACAAGGUGGCGACCGGGAGGGUCAAGCAGGGCCCGGUUCUGCAGGACCCGGAGCCGGUUCCAGGGGCUUUGAUAGAUGUGGCCAAACAUCUGGGAAACCUGACCUUCAACAUCAUGAAUAAGAUGAAGGACAUAGCGGGCUACAGUCACAUGAUCCUGGAUCCAAACACCGCCGACCCAGAGCUUGUCGUGUCGGACAACCUGCUGAGCGUCACAUUCGGGGGGUCGCGAGAUCUGCCGAGCAACCCGGAGAGGACCAGGUUCCCCGGAACCGUCCGGGGCUCCGAGGUGGUGAAGUCAGGGACCUUCAAGUGGAUAGUUGAUGUUGGAGACAACGCCGACUGGGAGCUGGGAAUGCUGGAAGCCGAUGGUGGCGACACAGCGGAGCCGCGGCGGUGGAGGAUUUCACUCAAGGACGGUAGAUACAAGGCGUUAGCUGGAUCGGGCUCGGAGAAAGACCUGCAAGUGGGGAAGCCCCGGUGGAUCGAGGUUCGACUGGAGUUCGACAAGGGGGAGCUGUGUUUCGUGGAUAUUGACGCAGACACAGUCAUGCACACCUUCACGCACACGUUCACAGGCGAGAUGUUUCCUUACGUGUACACCCGGAGCUCAGACCCACUGAGGAUCCUGGCAUUCAAUGUUUCCGUGACGACACCGAGUUAGACGGGUCGGGACUUUUUUUGUUUUUUAAACAUAAAAGAUGUAUGCUCUUUUAAAACUGCCAUAAUAAUGUAAUUUACCUUUAAUAUAAUUUACCUUUUUUGUGAGGUGAAAUUCACUCACAAUUCAUUCAACAACAUGUCACACAGCCUACCCACAACAGUGGACACACCUUAGAUUUGUCAUAACCUUCUUGUUGUCCAUGAGGACGAACCUCUGCAAACACAACAUGAAUGUGUUACGCUUGAGCUUCUACGUGGAAACAACCAGACCUUCUGUCAUGGGAAAAUUCAAACAUUAUAUACUUUCUAACAAAAGGUCAACAGCUGUGGGGAGCAGGAUACUGCAGGGGAGAUAAACAGCUGUGUAAAUGCAAAAUUCUAACAAAGGCCAGCUGCGAGAAAGGAACUAGAAGAGGGGGAUAUGGAAGAUGUGGAUGCAGAUGAAAAUGUAAUAUCUCUUUUGUAAUGUAUGCCUUUCUCUAAGAGAACUAGCACCUAUGUGUCGGGUGCAGGGGGACACAGUGUCCCUUGAAUGGUCUGUCAGGUUUUCCUGUCUUUUGUUCCUCUAGCUUCCAAUGAUGUGUCAGGUCCGACCCAUUCCCAUAUAAAAGAAGUUUCGCCUCAGACCCAACUGUCCAGUCUGCAUGCUGCACGUCGACUCUCCUGAUGCCACCCUAACUCUGCUAAAUUACAUCUAUAAGCAC